CUUGGAGGCCUCUGGGGCGGUGAGUCCUUUGGGCGAAGGGGAGGCUGUGGGGCGACGGAGGGGUGCAGAGGAGGCUGUUGGGGGGCUGAGAGAUGAAUGGGAGGAUCCCCUGGGUGGGUGGGGUUAAGGGAAGCCAUGGUUCCCAAGGCCUCUGAGGUCCCAGCACACCCCAUGACCCCCGGGGGAAGUGGGUUGUUUGGGGGCCUCGGAAGUGGGCGCCCCUUGAGAACGGGGGGGCUGCAAGUGGGGAAAGAGGGUGGGCCUCCAUCUUUGGCAGACGCUUUCCUUGCGACCCCUGCAUUGCGCGGGGGUGGUCUGGAUGACCCUAGGGGUCCCUUCCAGCUCCACAGUUCUCUGGUUCUGGGGGGUGGAGCAUUGGAGCCAAAUCCAUGGGGCCGUGAGGGCUUUGGCUACCACGAUAAAACACUUGAAGGGACUUGUGUGUGUGUGUGUGUGUGUGUGUGUGUGUGUACACACAUGCACACACACUGUGUCACGUGCUCAGUUAUGUGGGGCGGGGCUUGAGAGAAAGGGCUCCAUCUUGGGUGAGGAAAUAUCCGGAGGGUGUGCCUUGGUUUCUCCCUCCUGCCCAGAAGUCUCCUUAAAGCCACAUCCAUAAGGGGGGGGGGUCCGAAUUACUUUCUCCCCCUUCCCACUUGGAAACUGCUUCUCCCUCAGGGACUGGGGGCUCCCAAGGUAGGAUGCUUCAUGACACCGAAUUAAACCAAAGGCCCACCUGGGUCAGUCUCUGCAGGGGUCUGGGGCUACCCAUCCCCUCCAAGAUGCCAUAACUUGUUUAAACUGAGCUGUGCAAAAUAAUUUAAAAGAGGCUGGAUCAUCAUCAUCACUAUCCGAGGCUGGGAGUUGUGUGCUGAGUUCCAGGGGGUUGUGGGAAGAGAAGGAGAAAUGGUUGGGUGGGGGCUGGAGGGGAACCCUCCCCCCCCACAAAGUAAGCAGAAAAGUCAAGAAAGACCUAGCUACAGGGAGGGAGGGGAGCAGUCUUCUCCAAAGUCUCUCACCCGGUGCAUGUUUCUGGGUGUCAGAAAGCAGCCCUGUGCAGAUUUAUUCAUAAGUAAGCCCCGGUGGGUUGCUCGGUCCCUGCUCCUGCCAACCUAGCAGUUCGAAAGCACGUCCAAGUGCAAGUACAUAAAUAGGUAUCGCUCCAGCAGGAAGGUAAAUGGCGUUUCUGUGUGCUACUCUGGUUCGCCAGAAGCGGCUUAGUCAUGCUGGCCACAUGACCCGGAAGCUGUACGCCGACUCCCUUGGCCAAUAAAGCGAGAUGAGUGCCACAACCCCAGAGUCGGUCACGACGACCUAAUGGUCAGGGUUGGACGUGCUUUUGUACUGCUAGGGUGACAGGAGCAGGGACAGAGCAAAGGGAGCUCACCCCGUCACGGGGAUUUGAACUGCCGACCUUCUGAUCGGCAAGUCCUAUGCUCUGUGGUUUAACCCACAGCGCCACCCGCAUCCCUAUGGUCAGGGGUACCUUUACCAUAGAAUCAUAGAGUUGGAAGAGACCACAAGGGCCAUCGAGUCCAACCCCCUGCCAAGCAGGAAACACCAUCAGAGCACUCCUGACAUAUGGUUGUCAAGCCUCUGCUUAAAGACCUCCAAAGAAGGAGACUCCACCACACUCCUUGGCAGCAAAUUCCACUGUCGAACAGCUCUUACUGUCAGGAAGUUCUUCCUAAUGUUUAGGUGGAAUCUUCUUUCUUUCUUGUAGUUUGGAUCCAUUGCUCUGUGUCCGCUUCUCUGGAGCAGCAGAAAACAACCUUUCUCCGGGGGGGGGGGGGGGGGAGAACAGAUUAAACUGGUAUAACCAAAAAAACCUUUAAAAAUGGGGCUCCUCUUGGGAAGGGGGUACCCUAUUUGAGCUUCUCUAGAGGCUGCAGAAUGUUUUGGGCAGGAGAAUCCCUGCAGGGCCUCUGAGGCUCCCUUUGCUUCUUCCUCCCUCCCAGGAACCUGCAGCUUCUGAGCUCCUCAGGAAGGACCAAAGCGCCUGAACCUGCAAACCUAGUAAAGAUGGAAGGAGGAAGAUGGACAGUUGACCUUAUCAGACUGCCUCCUGCAUCCCUCCCCAAAACCUCUGGGCAUUUUCUCCCAGGGCCCUCAGAGACAUCUGGUGAGUUCCAGGGGAGUGGAGAUGGGGACAUAGAUGGAUCAAUAAAUGGUGAAGAGGAAAACCUAUUCCUAGGUAUUUGACUUUUAGGUGCUAUUUGUUGGGAUACUGCCAGGGAGACAAAAUCCAUCAUGGCCCCCAAGUCGUCUCCAGACGUCCAUCGAUCUCCCGUAGACACGCAGUAUCAGCAAUUAGCGACACGAGCUCCAGAAAUAGCUUGCCACAUUCCAGAGCUGAUGCACGCUCUAUCAGCAGAUAAUGCACAGCGAAAGAUGCACUCAGGAGAGCAUUAUUUACAAGUUUAUUCAGCAUUGAUCAGAACAAAGAAAACAUGACUGCCUGCUUCAUGUUUCAGACACACAGAGAGAAACGAAAGCAAAGACACAACAGAAACAUCCUGUGAACAGGAAAUACGCAGACUCUCUGACUCACAAAGCCUGCUCCCUUUUAAGAUGGAACGGAAAUAUCCUAACACCCUCCCCCUUUCCGUGUAACCUGUAGUACCUGUGGUUCAACCCAAUUGCAACCUCUGUACAUAAACCUUAAGUUGUUCUCUGUUAACAACCUUAGACAACAGAUCAGCAGGAAUUUCAUUUCCUGGCAUGUAGGACACCUGAAUGAGUCCUUUCUGAAUACACUCUCUUGCACGAUGUAGCUUAAUCUGCAAGUACUUGGUUCUUUGCUUGCAACUCUCUGAGUGAAAAUGACAGAGCAUUGAGUUCUGCUUCACAGGAACUUAGGCUUACUGUUGUCUGCUUCUUGCACAGCCAGUCAAACAGACAGUGGUUGUACAUGUAGCAUACUCCAGAAGUGCUUGUACCAUCCGUGGUGUCACUUCCAAAACUAGCAUCUGCAAAGAUUUCAAGACCUCCAGUCUUCUGACUGGUGAACCUCAGCCUGUAGUGCAAAGUCCCUUUCAAAUAGCAGGCUGUGCGCUUCAGAGCUUUCCAAUCCUGAACAGUAGGAUUGUUGGCAUGUCUGCUAAGCAGGUUACAGCUUACAGCUAUGUCAGGUCUUGAACAUCUAGCAAUGAAAUUCAACUUGCCUAGAAUGCAUCUGUACAGCGUAGUGUCAGAAAACGCUUCAGCAGUACUAUCUACCUGGUAACCUGUCACCAUCGGUGUGUCUGCUGGGUUUGCAUCAACCAAAUUCAACCUGGUUAAUACAUCAGCAAUUUUCUGUGUUUGGUGUACCAGAAAAUUACCUGCUUGGUCCCUCUCCACCUGCAGAGAAAGAUAGUUGGAUACCUCACCAAGACCCUUCAUGUCAAAGUGCUCCUUCAGCUGAGCUAGGGUGCUUUGGUACAAAGCCUGAUUCUUCUAAAACAUCAGAAGAUCAUCAACAAAACAUAAACAAUACAGUUUGUUUUGCCCCUCCUCCUUGACAAACACACAUGGAUCAGCUUUGCCCUGGUGAAAACCUAGAGAAAGCAACGUCUCAGUGAGUUUUGUGUUCCAACACCUGGCACUCUGCUUGAGACCAUAUAAGGAUUUCCGCAGUUUACAGACCAUUCCCUUCUGUAUCUGCAUCCCGUCAGGUGGAAGCAUAUACAGCUCCUCCCCCAAAACUCCAUACAAAAAAGCUGUAUUAAUGUCAUGAUGGGAAACAUGCAGUUUCUCUUCCGCAGCAAUCUUGAGCAUCAGCCGAAUGCUCUCAUACUUGAAGGUGGGUGAGUAGGUCUCGUGGUAAUCCUGUCCUGGUACCUGUGAAAAACCUCUGGCAACCAAUCUGGCUUUGUGUCUGACAACCUUGCCAUUCUGGUCUGUCUUGGCCUUGAAGACCCAUUUGCUGCCAACCAGUCUCAUUCCUGGGACUACCGGUACCAGCUCCCAAGUUUGGUUCCUAUUCAAGGAAUCAACUUCAGCCUUCAUGGCUUUAAGCCAAGGCUCAGCAUCUUUAGAGGUUAACUCCUGAACCUCUUUGAAGCUUGAAGGUUCCCACACCUUCUCUGAGCUAGUAAGAACAGCAGUUGCUGUCUUAGCAAACUCAUCAGCAAAUCUCUUUGGAGGUUUGCCCUUCGUCGCCCUUUCAGAUCUGCGUACUAGACGCAAGUCUUCUGGACUCAUCUCCUCCUUCUUAGGAGAAAAGUGACCAAUGGUGAACAGUGGUUCUUCCAGUUCAUUGUCAGACGCAUCAGAUGGUCUGACUGAGGCCUUUGCACUCUUGUAGUCUGCUGUGUCAUCACUGUCACUGACACCAGCAGCAGCACCGCCCAAUGAACUGGAAUCCGAACUCUGAUCAUCCUCCUCCUCCUCUUCUUCCUCAACACCAUCUGCUUUUUUCACAUCACCUUCAUCCUCCUCUGGGUAACUCUGGAAAAUUCCCACAUUUCCCCCCCACUUAGGAUUGUACUCAACACUCUUUGUGAACUUAAUGGACUUAGAGUCAGUCAUCCAUACCCUGUAUGCACCUUUUUCGUACCCCAUGAACAAACCAUGUGCCCCACGCUUCCCAAGCUUGUUGCUCUGUGGGGUGUGUACCCACAUGUCAGAACCAAAGAUUCUCAUGUGCUUGAUGCAAGGUUUCUUACCAAACAUCUUCUCAAGGGGGUACAACCAAUAGGUGAUGACAGUCUGCGAUUAUGAGUGUAAACAAAAGUCGACAGAGCCUCCCCCCAAUACUUAUCAGGGAGAUUGGCAUCAUGCAACAAGGUUUUUAGGCCUUGAAGCAACGUUUGAUUUGCUCGCUCUGCAAGUCCAUUCAUCCAUGGUGAUCUAGGCGUUGACAAAUCAUGCUGGAUUCCCUUCUCAGUCAGGAAAGCUUCAAACUGCUGAGAAGUGAAUUCCCCGCCUCGAUCAGUAAAGAGACAGCUGAUACGUUUACUUUGAACAUUCUCCAACCAAGCACAGAAUGCCUUGAACUUCGGAAACGCUUGCGAUUUCUGCUCGAGCAUAAACACAUGAAUGUACCUGGAAAAAGAAUCAAUUAGAACCAUGAAGUACCUUGCUCCACCCAAAGAGGGCGCAAGUGGACCAACCGGGUCUGUGUGGACUAGCUGGUAGGGUUUAGAAGCCUGCCUGCUAGACUCCUUGCCUUUUGGAGCAACCUUCACCUUGUUCUCUGCACAAGAUACACAUUUCAUGUGAAACUUACAGGGUUUGAUGUUCAAACCCUGAACCAAUCCUGGCAUCUUGGCCAGUGCCUGCCAAGACAUGUGACAAAAUCUUCUGUGUGCUUCAUGAAUGCAUCCUGCAUGAAGAAUUUUGUUAGUUAGUGCAACACAACAAGAAUCAACAUUAGACACAACCGCACCAUUGUCAUCAUAAGUUAUACAGAACAAUCCAUCUAUAAACUUUGCGUGCAAAAUGUCCUCUUUGCCUUUCCUGAUGACACAGACGCUCCUCUUGAAGGAAAUCUCAAAACCACGCCCAGUCAGCUGUGGGACACUGAGCAAAUUGUCUGCAGCACCUGGAACAUAAAGUACACCUUUGAUGGUUGUGUGCAGACUUGCCAGUCUCACAGUCCCUUCUCCUGCGAUUCGCAACGUCUUUCCGUCAGCCAGGUGGAUCUCACCAUCUUGAGGUUUGAAGGAGAUAAAGAGAUGCCGGUCUUUUGUCAAAUGGCGGGUGCAUCCAGAAUCUACAAUAAAUCUGGCCUUGGACCUUUGGAGCAGCUUUUGCAGCAAGCAAAACCUUGUUAUCCACCGGCGUGGGCUUUUGCUGCUUGCCCCCCCCCGCUCCUGGCCAUCAAACUUGCCUUUAGCCUUUGGUGAGGCUGUGCCAGCAAACAAAGCCUUGUUUGCCACUGGCAUGGGCUCUUCACCCCCCUUCUGCUUUGGGCCAUCUGCAGGUAUCGGUCUCUGUUUACCUCUGGCCUUCCGGCCUCUGUGAGGAUGACCUUGGCUCCCAUGAGAAACAGAGCUCUCAGCUGCCGACUCCUUGGCUCCCCCUGGAGGCUGGAAUGCUGCCUGGGAUGACAUCACAGUCAGCUCCCCCUGCAGCUUGCAACCGGUGCCCUCGGCAUCCCUGCAUUCACUCGCAUUCUGGGAAACAGCCAGUACCUCCGAUGCAGUCAAACUCUGGGCUGGGAUGACUGGCAGAUGGGCUAUCUUCAAAGCAUUCCACAUCUUACGUGCAGUUGUGUUACCAGCUAACAUGGCAAUUUCCUCCAGAGAGACGGAAAAGACUAUUACGUCUAUGGCCUUUGAAUUUUGGGCCCUCCAUCUGUCUGUCAGAGGAACUGGAGGGGCUUCAGACACAGUAUGCCACACUCCAAACUGACGCAGCAAACUUUCACACCAUUUUGCCCAGGUCUCAUAAUUGUGCCGAUUUAACUUGGGGCACUCAGCAGCUUCAGAAGCUUGUAAAAACUCCAUUCCAGCUCUUCACUUGAGCCGUGAGCCUUAUUCACUUCAGAGGCUCCUUAUCUCGGCAGCUCAUAAAUCUUGAGGCCUGCUUGGCUUGACUCCCAGACCAAUUAGUCGGCCGGAGUUCAAAGAGGCUUUGCCGUGGCAACGAAAACCCUCACUUUCACUUUUCCCCUACAUACCUCUCUCGCAGUCUUACUCUCCUGUAAGUGCCGUGAAUCUGGGCCCGAAACCUGUUGUUGGGAUACUGCCAGGGAGACAAAAUCCAUCAUGGCCCCCAAGUCAUCUCCGGACGUCCAUCGAUCUCCCGUAGACACGCAGUAUCAGCAAUUAGCGACACGAGCUCCAGAAAUAGCUUGCCACAUUCCAGAGCUGAUGCACGCUCUAUCAGCAGAUAAUGCACAGCGAAAGAUGCACUCAGGAGAGCAUUAUUUACAAGUUUAUUCAGCAUUGAUCAGAACAAAGAAAACAUGACUGCCUGCUUCAUGUUUCAGACACAGAGAGAGAAACGAAAGCAAAGACACAACAGAAACAUCCUGUGAACAGGAAAUACGCAGACUCUCUGACUCACAAAGCCUGCUCCCUUUUAAGGUGGAACGGAAAUAUCCUAACACUAUUUCCUCUGCAGGACUCCUGGCUAGUUGCUGAUCUUUUUGGGCAAGGUUCUUGACCGUGUGGUUGCAGACAUAAUCCAGGUGGUUUUGGAGGAAGCUGAUUUUCUAGAUCCAUUGUAAUUGGGUUUUGGCCCAGAAACUGCUUUGGUUGCCCUGUAUGAUGACCUCUGUUGGGAAAGAGACAGCAGAACUGUGUUCCUACUAAUUCUUGACCUUUCAGCGGCUUUCGAUUCCAUCUACCAUGGUAUCCUUGUAGAGCAGCUGUUUGCGUUAGGGGGUGGGUGACACCGCUUUGCUGUGGUUCCUAUCUUACUUGGAUGGUUGUUUUCAGAGGGUGUUGCUUGGAGAGUAUCCUUCAGCCCUGUAGAACCUUCAAUGUGGGAUUUCUCAGGGUUCAGUUUUAUCCCCUAUGCUGUAUAACAUCUAUAUGAUACCACUAAGUGGAGUUACCCAGAGGUUUGGAGUAUGUUGUCAGCAAUAUGCUGAUGACACUCAGCUCUAUUUCUCAGUUGCAUCUACAGGUGAGGCAGCAGGUGUGCUAGACCAUUGUCUUGCCUUGGUAAUAGACUGGAUGAGAGGCAACAAACUGAAGCUGAAUCCAGCUAAGACAGAGGCCCAGUUAAUGGGUGGUUCCCUAGACUGGAUGGCUGGGAGGUUGCCUGCUCUUGAUGGGAUUACACACCCUCUGAAAGAGGAGGCAUGUUGCUUGGUGGGACUUCUGCAUCCAUUGCUGGCUCAGGUGGCCAUAGCGGCGUGGCUUCAGUUGGCGGCCCCAGCUGCACCCCUAUCCUAUUCCAACAAGAAAGACAAGUGGGAGGUACAUAAAGAAGCACAUGUGGCUGUAUAAGGAGCUUUCGGAUGAGCUGAAAUUUAAGAAAGGCGGGAGUAAGAAAUGGAAGAAAGGGGAAAUCAUGAAGGAAUAGUAUAAAUGAGUAGCCAGCAGUAACAAGGAUAAGAUCAUGCAGACGAAAGAUAAGAAUGAGCUUGGGCGUACAAGAGAGGUAAAAAAUAAUAAAAGUCCUGAGUCUGUUGUUGUUCGACAUCUUUAUAAACAACUUAGAUGAAGGAAUUGAGGGGAUGGCUACUCAUCCAAUGUGCAGAUUAUGCCAAAGUGGGAGAUUCAAUAUUACCAUAACAGAUUGGAGUACUGGGCAAAAAUGAAUUUCAGUGGGGACUGAAUAUCAGAUUCUACAAUGAGGCCAGAAGAACCAACUGCACAUAUAUAAGAUGGAGGGCACCUGGGUUGUCAGUAGUACCUGUCUCACCACAAGCUUAACAUGAUCAAAGGACUGGAAACCAAGCCUUAUGAAGAAUAGCUGAGGAAGCUGGGUUUGCUAAGCCUGAAUAAAAGGAAACUAGGAAGAGAUAUGCCAUCUUCCUCGUACACCUCGUACCUACGGGACCGCCUCUCCCGGUAUGCCCCACAGAGACCCUCAAGGUCCAUAAAUAGCAAGACCCUAGUGGUCCCGGGCCCUAAGGAAGUUAGAUUGGCUUCAACCAGAGCCAGGGCCUUUUCAGCUCUGGCUCCGGCCUGGUGGAACGCUCUGCCUCAUGAGACCAAGGCCCUGCAGGAUCUGAUUUCUUUCCGCAGGGCCUGCAAGACAGAGUUGUUCCGCCUGGCCUUUGGCUUGGAGCCAAUUUGAUUCCCUCCCCCUCUUUCUUUUUUCCUUUCUCCUCCUGCGAUGAGGCUACAUCUUAAUAUUUUAAUGUUUUCAAUGUUUUAAUGUAUUUUAAUUUUGUUUUUAAGUUGUAUUCAUUCAACUUAUUUUUAUUAUUGCUUGUUAGCCGCCCUGAGCCCGGCCUUGGCUGGGGAGGGCGGGGUAUAAAUAAAAAUUAUUAUUAUUAUCUUCUGAUAUCUUAUCUAAAGUGCUGUCACGUGAAGAUGGAGCAAGCUUGUUAUCUUCAUCUCUGGAGGGUAGGACCUGAUCCAAUGGAUUCAGAUUACAAGAAAUGUGAAUCCAGCUAAACAGUAGAACAGACACCCUCUGAAGGUGGUUGACUCUCCUUCCUUGGAGCCUUUUAAGCAGAGCUUGGAUGCUUAAGUCGAGAUUGCUGCAUUGCAGAAGUUUGGACAAGAGGACCCUCGGGGUCUCUUCCAAGUCUAGAUAGAAUUGUUCAUAUACCACCCUUCAUCUAAGCAUCACUGCACGGUUUACAAUAUAAAUGAAGAAAAAUACGUAACAUCGUAACAACCAAAACAGUACAACCACACACACAAUUUAAAGAGGCAGAGAUGAUUUAAUUAGGCACAGGCAAGGGAAAAGAGGAAAGUUUUCAUUUGUUGCCCAGAUUGUAACACCUGGCAUUACUAUAUUUUGACAUCAUUUUAGGUGUAUUCCUAAAAAAAUGGAACAUGAAAAGAGAGACCGUAAGAGAUAUUGAAAUAAGAGGCGCUAUUUGCACCCGAUGUGUGUUAUGUUACUUCUUCCUCUUCCUUGGAAGCCUAACAGGAUUUUCUUUCCUCCCCAAGCAGGUGAUGGAAACAAUAGUCAGAAUUUACCUGGAAUUUCAUUGAAGAAACCAUUUAAAUGCAUGGUGUGCGGAAAGUGCUUCAUCCAGAAGACAAAGUUUACUUUACACCAGCGAACUCACACAGGGGAGAAACCAUAUGAAUGUAUGGAGUGUGGAAAGUCUUUCAGCCGGAAGGAACACCUUACUUUACACCAGCGAACUCACACAGGGGAGAAGCCAUUUCAGUGUAUGGAGUGCGGAAAGACAUUUGCUGAUCCUGCAAGCCAUGCAAGACAUCAACGGAUUCACACAGGAGAAAAACCAUUUAAAUGUUUGGAGUGCGGAAAGUGCUUCAAUGUAAGUGGAAACUGUACAAAGCAUCAACUCACUCACACAGGGGAGAAACCUUUUAAAUGUUUGGCGUGCGGAAAGUGCUUCAUUGAUCAUACAUCCCUUAGUUCACAUCAAAGAAUUCACACAGGGGAGAAGCCAUUCAAAUGUAUGGAGUGCGGGAAAUGUUUCAGGUGGAAGAAAUACCUUACUACACACCAGCGAACUCACACAGUGGAGAAACCAUAUGAAUGUAUGGAGUGUGGAAAGUGUUUCAAGUGGAAGCAAUACCUUACUGCACACCAGCGAAAUCACACAGGGGAGAAACCAUUUGAAUGUAUGGAGUGUGGAAAGUGUUUCAGGUGGAAGCAUUCCCUUACUAUACACCAGCAAACUCACACAGUGGAGAAACCAUAUGAAUGUAUGGAGUGUGGAAAGAGUUUCAGGUGGAAGUAUUACCUUACCACACACCAGCAAACUCACACAGUGGAGAACCCAUAUGAAUGUAUGGAGUGUGGAAAGUGUUUCAGGUGGAAGCAUUCCCUUACUACACACCAGCAAACUCACACAGGGGAGAAACCAUAUGAAUGUAUGGAGUGUGGAAAGUGUUUCAGGUGGAAGCAUUCCCUUACUACACACCAGCAAACUCACACAGGGGAGAAACCAUUUAAAUGUAUGGAGUGUGGGAAGACUUCCGCAGAUAGUGGAUCCCAUAUAAAACAUCUACGAAUUCACACAGGAGAAAAACCAUUUAAAUGUAUGGAGUGUGGAAAGACUUCCGUAGAUAGAGGAUCCCAUAUAAAACAUCUACGAAUUCACACAGGAGAGAAACCAUUUAAAUGUAACGAGUGUGGAAGCUGCUUCAAUCAAAGUGGAAACCUUAAAAAGCAUCUACGAAUUCACACAGGAGAAAAACCAUUUAAAUGUAACGAGUGUGGAAGCUGCUUCAAUCAAAGUGGAAACCUUAAAAACCAUCUACGAAUUCACACAGGGGAGAAACCAUUUGAAUGUAAAGAGUGUGGGAAGACUUCCGCUGAUCGUUCAACCCAUGCAAAACAUCUACGAAUUCAUACAGGAGUGAAACCAUUUAAAUGUAUGGAGUGUGGGAAGAGCUUCACACGGAAGACAACCCUUACUUUACACCAGAGAACUCACAUGGGAGAAACAAUUUAAAUGUAUGGAGUGUGGGAAGAGCUUCAGUCAAAGAGGAAGACUUAGAAAACAUCAACAAACUCACACAGGAUGAAAAAGCAUUUAAAUGUGUGCAGUGUGGAAAGUGCUUCAGCUAGUAAUCACACCUUCACAUCAACAAAUUCACACUGGGAAGAAACCAUUUAAAUGCUCAGAGUGUGGAAAGAGCUUCAGUGAAAGUGGAAUGUUCAUAUUCAUCAGGGAAUUCACAUAAGAGAAACAAUUUAAAUAUAUGGAAUGUGGAACAAUUUUCACUCACAUUUCACUCUUAUCACACAAAAUAUAGAGCCAUAAAAUUGUAGAAUGGGAAGGGCCCCAAGGGACAUCUAGUCCAACCUCCUGCAAUAGUAAAAUCUAAACGGAUGGCCUUUGGAGAAUUUUAAUCAAUGAAGGGGAGCCCACAACCCAUCAAAGGAGUUUGUUCCCCUGUUGAAAAGAUCUUAUCAUCAGAAAGCUCUUCCUGAUGUUUAGCCAGAAUCCACACUUUAAUCAAUUUGCUAACUCUCAUCUUCUUAAAAUAAGAGCUAAUCUGAUCAUGUGUCGCUUUGCAUUUUGAACUUCAUAAGUUUCACGAUCAAUAAUACUGGCUGAUGUACAGUAUUAAAUAUAUGUGUUUAGGAAGUUUGCAUUAGACAGGACAGGUUUGUCUGCAACAAAUUGUGGGAUGUUUCUGUUUUGAGGGUUUCGGCUAAAUCAGGGUUUCCCAGACUUGGGUCUCCAGUUGUUUUUGGACUACAGCUCCCAUCAUUCCUGACCACUGGUCCUGCUAGCUAGGGAUGAUGAGAGUUGUAGUCCAUAAACAGCUGGAGAACCAAGUUUGGAAAACCCUGGGCUAAAUGAUGACUCAUUGCUGGAAACCCGAGUGGUCUCUUCUGGCAGAAAAUGGAACCCGAGAACUCAGCGGAGCAAUGCAUUACUUUGUAUCUUUGCAAGCUUUAUUUUCAACUCUUUUAAAACUCUUCUGCAAUAAAGCUUUGAAACUCA